AACCACCACCACCAGCAUUUUUCUAGAUUUUGUCGUCUUCCCUUACUCGAGGUGUUUCUGGAUAGCAUCACAACUUGACACAUUGUAUAUAUUUUUCUUUCAAAAAACGGCCAAUCCUCUAUUAAUCAUGAAUCAAACCCCCCAAUCUCCGGCUUCGAAUUGAUCGCCUGCUUCCCGAUGACUUCAUCCGCCAGUGUUCGGCUAUCUGGUCGGCAGUCAAUCGGCCUCUCCCUGAUCCGGGAAUGUGCCCACGGCGAUACAAAAUGAUAUUGCCCCCGCGAUCCCGGUCGAACCCCUCCUCUCCAGACUGGUCAAGGAUAUCGAUUUGAGUUGGACAAUUAUACACAGUGAGAAAUAAUCCACCAUGGCGACCCCCGGCCUUCUGUACGUGACGAUGCAACCCCGCGAUUCCCUCCCCGCGGCCCAGUUCCACGACUGGUACAAUACCGAACACGGUCCCCUACGCCUCCGUCUGCCCUUUGUCACUAAUGGCUUCCGCUAUCGUGCCGUCGACGGCAUUGAGCCCGAGUGGGUGGCUCCGUACGACAUUACCGACAUGGUGGAGCUGACGCGCGAGACCUACUUGGCUCUCCGUGGGGAUGGUGUGAAGACCCCACGCGAAAAGGCCACCAUGGCCCAGAUUGACGUUGAUCGUCGCCUUUAUGAUCUUCUCCAUGAUCACAAAGACGCCGAUUACAAGCCUCUCGAGGAGAUACCCGACACUGAAGCCGCCGGCUCGGUACUUGUCUCUGCCUUGGUCUCCGUUCCCGCCGAUAAGGAAGAGGACCUCAAGAACUGGUAUUCUGAAGAACACUUCCCUAUGCUAGCACGUGUGCCGGGCUGGCGUCGCAGCCGCCUCUUUGCCACAUCGUCGAUCGACCCCAAAGCACCGCGAGAAUUCCUAUGCCUACAUGAGUACAGCGCGAUCAACGGCUUGGGGGGCCCUGAACACAAAGCUGCGAUGGAUACCCCGUGGCGCAACCGCCUCAUGAAUGACCCUGCUACGAGCAAGAAGCGCCGUGUGUACCAGUGGGCUUAUACAUUCGGCCCAGCACCACGCGAAUUGUCUUCCCUAACCUCCAAGGAUGUUGUCGGACCUUGGGCUUCCAACGACGGUCGCACCAGAACGUUUCCUUCGGCCACGCGCCCGGCCGUCGAGUCGUUUAUCACCACUCCGGACGGUGUAGAUCUCCCAUACCGCCUCGAGGGCAGCACCGAUCCCCAUAGCCCUGUCAUUGUCCUUAGCAACUCCAUCCUCGUCGACUAUACCAUCUGGGACAGCUUUGUGGAUGCCUUUUUCUCCAACCCUAAGAACCAGAACUUCCGGAUCCUCCGGUACCUGACCCGUGGCCGUCUCCGCGAGUGUGGGGAGAAGCCCAUCAAUAUUGAUCUUCUGGCAUCGGAUAUCAUCGCGCUCCUCGAUGCUUUGCGGGUCCCCAAGGCGACUCUAAUUGGUGUCAGUCUGGGUGGUGUGACCGUUCUCAACACGUCGUUGUUGUACCCCGAUCGCGUGACCCGCUUCAUUUCCUGCGACACAAAUAGCUCGGCGCCCGAAUCCAACCGCAAGGCCUGGAAUGAUCGCGUGGCCAUGGCCGAAAGCGACGGUGCAGUGUCCGCCACCACUCAGGAGCCAAUUAUCGGUGAGCAGUUGUCUGAAGUCACCACCCGUCGGUGGUUCGUGCCUGAAUCAUACGAGACCCAGCCGGAAGUUCCCGCGAAGGUGAAGGAGAUCGUACGCAACAACAGCCUGGAUGGUUUCCGCCAAGGCGUGCAGGCACUCUGCGCAUAUGAUGUCCGGGACCGCAUGGCUCAAGCACAGGUGCCCGGGUUGUUUGUCGCCGGCGAGGGAGAUGGUGUACUGCCGAAGACAAUGCAACAGAUGGCAAACGAUUUGAACGGUGGUGCCGAACUGAAAUUGGUUCCCAAGGCCGGGCAUCUGCCUAUGGUCGAGCAACCAGCGGCCUUCGCUGAAAUUGUCAACGGAUACCUACACGCAUAAAUAGUCAAUAUAAAGCAUUUUCUCGAUCGUUCCAAUACUGUUCAUUUAUCGUAUCGUAUUUGGCUAAACCCGGUGAUAACUCUAGGAAAUAUA